ACCUUGUGUGUACAAUGUUCACCUGGAGUCAGUACAGUGUAUCAAAUAUCACUAAUCACCCGUCACACAUAUAAUGUUGCCCGGGCAGGCUCCAUAACGUCGCGCUGUAGGUUACAACCCCAUUCAGUCUAGUGUAUGUAUCCUUCAUUACUUCAAGCUUCAACUUUGAGUGCACAAACAUUUUAACAUUGACCAGUGUUAGAUGAUGGCAGAUGGAUGGCGAGAAAGCUAGGAUAAUAUAAACAAAAAUUGCAUAAGCACACUUCAAGAGUAUGCUGCAAAAAGGGGAUUGGGCAUCCGGUAUGAGGAAACAGUUCCAGAAAAUGGGAGGUUUGGUUAUGAAGUAUACCUUGUCAGAUUAAUUGCAACUGGAAGCGGAUGUAGGAAAAAGGAAGCAAAAGAAGCGACAGCGGACCGUGCUCUCCGGACUAUCUAUAGUGCUAAUUCAAUGUUACAAGACCAGCAACUGAACGACUACACAACCCUUGGUUCCCAAGACACCUAUCAUGGUUUUGAUGACAGGACAGAUUCGAGCAUCUUGACGCAUAGCAUUGAUACAUCGCCAUGCCCCCUUACGAGAGAGGACAAUGCAAAUCCUUUUGUGGGUCAUCCUGCCUCAUUAAUGUCCGUCUGUGAAACCACUUCAAAUUGUCAUAACAGCACUGCUUCUGUGGUUCCCGAGGGUAAAAACCCAAUCAGUGAGUUUAUGGAAUAUGCACAAGCCAACGGAAAAGUAGGAAGAUUUGAGGAGCAAGCAAAGUCUGGUCCACCUCAUCGACCAACAUUUAUUGUUUGUGCCUACAUGGGGACUAGCAAAUUAGGGCAAGGGACGAGUGGAAACAAAAAGGCGGCUAAAAGACAGGCAGCAGAAAAUUCACUCAAGAUGUUGUCCAUGUCUAAUUGCUCCACCACAGCUUCGGCAUUCGGGGCGACUUUGACCACGCAUUCACGAACUACGACAGACAAGAACGCUGGAAUCUGUCCCGCCGGUGCUGAUCCAAUAAGUAUCCUCAAUGAGUAUGCGCAGAAAUCUGGAGUUGAGUUAACAUUUCCAAAUCCUGAUGUUAGUGGAGCGGACCACCAAAGACAGUUUACGCUGAGUGCGAUGAUAGGAACAACCAGCUUUCCAAGAGCUACAGCCAGCACAAUACAAGAGGCCAAGCGUGAGGCAUCGCGGGAAGCAUUGAAACAGUUAAAACAAAACAAACAGUAUACGCCCGGACUCUCUAAGGCAUACACUACUUACCAAAACAUAUUUACAUGUUCAGUUUUUAUAAUAAUGACUAUUAAAUAAUUGUAUAUGUUAUCGUCAGGAAUUUUAUAAAUGCAUUGUUAGAUAUU